AGAAUCGGCUUCUCAGCCUCUCUUCACAAUAUUUGAUUAGGAAUUUGGGGGCGGGCCCCUGGCCUGGCACAGACACUGACACUCUCAGUAGACACUCACACUCUUGCUCUUUCUCACACACACUUUCUUCAGCCCAAGGAGGCGAGACAGAGGGACACGUCACUCUCUGAAAGGUUCAACCCAGAAACAAAAUGCAGUGGGCUGCCGUCCUGCUGCUGGCAGGGCUCUGCUCCCUCUCUCAGGCCCAGUAUGAUGAAGAUCCCCAUUGGUGGUUCCACUACCUCCGCAGCCAGCAGUCCACCUACUACGAUCCUUAUGACCCUUACCCUUAUGAGCCCUAUGAGCCUUACCCCUAUGGUGUGGAGGAAGGUCCAGCCUAUGCCUAUGGCUCUCCACCACCACCAGAUCCCCGAGACUGCCCCCAAGAGUGCGACUGCCCACCCAACUUCCCCACGGCCAUGUACUGUGACAACCGCAACCUCAAAUACCUGCCCUUCGUCCCCUCCCGCAUGAAGUAUGUCUACUUCCAGAACAACCAGAUCUCCUCCAUCCAGGAAGGUGUCUUCGACAAUGCUACUGGGCUGCUCUGGAUUGCUCUCCAUGGCAACCAGAUCACCAGUGAUAAAGUGGGCAGGAAGGUUUUCUCUAAGCUGAGGCACCUGGAGAGGCUGUACCUGGACCACAACAACCUGACCCGGAUGCCCGGCCCACUGCCUCGAUCCCUGAGGGAGCUCCAUCUUGAUCACAACCAGAUCUCACGGGUCCCUAACAAUGCUCUGGAGGGGCUGGAGAACCUCACAGCCUUGUACCUCCAACACAAUGAGAUCCAGGAAGUGGGCAGUGCGAUGAGGGGCCUCCGGUCAUUGAUCUUGCUGGACCUGAGUUACAACCACCUUCGGAGGGUGCCUGAUGGACUGCCCUCAGCUCUUGAGCAGCUGUACCUGGAGCACAACAACGUCUACUCCGUCCCUGACAGCUACUUCCGGGGGUCACCCAAGCUGCUGUAUGUGCGGCUGUCCCACAAUAGUCUCACCAACAAUGGCCUGGCCUCCAACACCUUCAAUUCCAGCAGUCUCCUUGAGCUGGACCUCUCCUACAACCAGCUGCAGAAGAUCCCCCCAGUCAACACCAAUCUGGAGAACCUCUACCUCCAAGGCAAUAGGAUCAAUGAGUUUUCCAUCAGCAGCUUCUGUACCGUGGUGGACCUCAUGAACUUCUCGAAGCUGCAGGUGCUGCGUCUGGACGGGAACGAGAUUCAGCGCAGCGCAAUGCCUGUGGACGCACCACUCUGCCUGCGCCUGGCCAGCCUCAUUGAGAUCUGAGCGGCCUUCGCACUGGGCUCCGGGCCUAGAGCCCCAUGCCCCAUUGCAUUUGGCUUGAUGAUUUGGUUUGGCUUUUGCUGGAAGGUCUAGGACAGAUCAUGUGACAGAACUCCACGGGCUCCUCUGUAGUUUUCUUCCCUGUAGUCAGGGUCAAGUGGGAUGAGGGGACAGGCAGCCUUCUGCUGAGGGACAUGGCCCAAACUCUCUUUUCCAAGACAGAAGUGGCGACAGAGGGAGUAUCCCUGACAGUCCCAACGUCAGAAAUCUUACUGCCCUAAAAUUCUUCCUGAUAAUCUGGUGUUGUGGGCUUUAAAAAUUGUUUGGGCACAGUGCGUAACCUGCUUUCCAACAACCCCUGAUUCUGUGAGCAGCGCUUGACAGCUCUCCCACA